AUGUUUCGUCAUCAGCAGGUGCUGCAUUGCGGUGAGGCCUACAUGGAUAUGUAUUUCGUGGAAGUGAUGAUGGACGAGACGCAGGCGUGCACCGACCCGCGUGCGCGAAGGAUUUUACGCGACAUCGGAUGGAUCUACGCCCUGACGCGCCAGAAAGACUGCUUGGAUUACAUCCUGGCGCAGCAGAUGCUGAGCCCAGGCAAUACCAACGUCCCAGAGUCCCACUUGGACAACCUCGUCAACGCGUUUCAGGUUCCAGCGGCAUUCCGCGCGGCGUGUGCGGUGGAUAGGUUUGAGGCAUACUGGACUAUUCUAGGCACAAACACGGGGAUUCAGCGCGGUGAUAGAGUGACCUUCUUUCACGCCAAAGACUUCACUGGUAACACCAAGACUGAACAGGAGCAGAUGCAGGAAUUGGAGGAGGAAUGGGAUUUGUUUCAUGGACUCACAGAGGCGCCCUCUUUUGCUCAGAAGAAGUGA